GGAAAUUAUUACUAGGCUGCGCAUGGACUCAGGCACUCUUGUUAUAUCCAUGUUGCUUAGUGCGCAGGUUUCAGAGCAAUGGCUGACCUAGGGCUAGAAGGAGCUUCAGAAAACUUUAAACUUUCUAACAGGGCGACGAAAUUUGAAGCCGAAACCAAAGUAGAUGCCGCGGAUAACCCUUCUGCUGAUAUUGGCUUCUUGUUGAGUAGAAUUCCGUUGUUUGAUGGGAGUGGAUACGAGAUAUGGAGCAUCAUGAUGAAGACUAUGUUUAUAUCCCAAGAUCUUUGGGAUUUAGUGGAAGGAGGUUAUACUGAAAAAGAGCUUACUUUUGAAGAGUCAUUAUAUGUUCGAAAAAAGGAUGCCAGAACGUUGUUUUUUAUUCAGCAAGCUAUAGACAAAUCUGUCUUCUUCUGCAUAGCUAAAUCCAGAACUUCUAAAGAAGCUUGGGAUGCGCUGCAAAAUAAGUACCAAGGUGAUCAAGAGGAACAAAUAUCAUGGAAGCUGGAUGAUGAAUCGGUUUGUUCUUUCCCUGCUUAUGCAAAUGAAUCAGAAGAAGCUUCUUGGGAUGCACUAGAGCAGGGGUAUCAGUUUUAUGGAAAGGCCAUGGAGGCAAAUAGAACUAGCGAAGAGUUGGGAGAUUUCAACAAUAAUUUUUUCUCUCAAGGGUGGUGCAAUGGGGAUUUCUCUGGUGCAUGCAGAGAUGAUAUUAGUCUCUCUGGAGAUGGAAUCGGGAAAGACUUGGGAGACUCUAACGACAAUUCUGUCUCUAAUCUCUCUGGAGAUGGAAUCAAAAAAGACUUGGGAGACUCUAACAACAAUUCUGUCUCUAAGAAAGGAUCUAGAGAAAAUUCCUCACGUAAAGGUCGUGGAUGUAAAAAUAGUGGAAGCGAUAAUAGCAAUGGUCACGGCCGAGAUACUAAACACCUUAACAACCCAAAAAGCUGUCGGGCUGUAGAUAGUAAUAAACCCAUUAACCCCAACCAUGGAAGUCGCAGAGGUGGAGGUCGUAGAGGUAUAAACCGCAAAGGCUUAAAUGAUGGAUGCCUAAAUGACAAUCAUUCUGAGUGUGGUGAUAGCAAUGAUCCAAAAAUCGAAUUGAUUUCUUCAAGCGCUGGUAAUGCAAUCAAACUGAAUGAAGCUCAGGGUGAAGAAGAACAGGAUUUCAAUUCAAUGGCACAUGUGCAGCUUCAGUCUCAAGACGGGAGAACCAGUGACGGAGGGAACCAGUCCCGGAAAGCUCAGAAGAAUGGCAAGAAAGUGAAUGCUAAAUCUUGUGCCAGCAAGCAAGAAAGAGCUUUGGCAGGAGAAAAGAAAGAGGUCAGCCCCAAUAAGGUUUUUGUGGGGAACUUAUCGGAAUCCACUACUGCAGAGGAUCUCAGGAAAGUCUUUGGUUGUUUUGGUGGAACGAUCUCUAGUGUUAUUGUUCCCAAAGAUGGAGAUGGAAAAUCAAAGUGUUUCGGAUUUGUCCACUUUAAGGAUGCCGAUGACGCGGCUUGGUCAGUGCAAGUGCUUAAUGGCCACCAAUUCGAUAACAAAAAGUGGAAGGUGACAACAGCUUAUAAGAGCAAAUCUGCUGGAAGGGCUCAUAGGAAGAAACCCGCCGAUGAACCGGCUCUUUCUUGCACUGAUAGUAGUGGUACUAAAUCAGAAAUUUCUGUGGAUGAAUCACUUCAAUCUCCCACUGCCAAAGCUACUAAAUCAAAAAGAGCUGGGAAAGCUGUUAAAAAGGAGUGCACAACAAAGAUUGGUGCUGCAACGGUAGAAUGUCCUUGAUACGAGUAAAAAUUUUGAAACUUGAAAUUCGGCUCGCAUGUUUCAACACCCAGCAGACACUAAUAUUUCGUAAUGAGUGUGUAUAUAUAUACACUCCGUAUAUUAUUUUUAUUAUAUACGUAGUUUAUCA